AUGAAUUUUCCAAAAGGUCGAGUUCAGGAAUCGGUGCCUCGACUGCCAUCAAUUUCCAUCAGGUCGAGUUCAGGAAUCGGUGCCUCGACUGCCAUCAAGUUUGCGACUCUCGGCGCCAAAGUAGUCAUCACCGGAAGAAAUAGCCAUAAAGUUGCAAAUGUGGCGCAAAAAUGUCGACAAUUGGCAAAAUCAGAUGACAAUAUUCUGGAAGUGUUGGCAAAUCUUACGGCUAAAGAAGAUAUCCGAAGAUUAAUUGACGAAACAAUCGCAACGUUUGGCAGAUUAGAUGUAUUGGUAAACAACGCGGGAAUUAUUGCCGUCACUGAUAUUGAAGACAGUGAUGUCGAUGUGAAAGUGGAUCAAAUAAUGGACACAAAUGUGCGAUCAGUUGUACAAUUGUGUCAUUUGUCUGUUCCGUAUCUCUUGAAAACUAAAGGAAAUAUUGUUAGUGUCUCGAGUGUGGCCUCAACUAAACCGCAUUCGGCACUUUUUGGAUAUUGUAUGGCCAAGAGUUGUGUCGAUAUGAUAACCAAAUGUCUGGCCAUUGAUUUAGGUGUGAAAGGGGUUCGCGUGAAUGCUGUGAAUCCAGCGGUCAUUAAGACAAACAUAUUUGACGCCGGAUUUGGUAUAGACUUACAAACAACACAACAACUUAUAUACAAAGACUGCGAACAGACAUAUCCUCUGCAAAGACCAGGAGAUCCAGAAGAAGUAGCCGAAGCCAUCGCAUUCUUGGCGUCAGAUAAGGCCUCAUUCAUUACUGGAGCCACACUUGAAGUGGACGGCGGGUCGAUGUGGACCUCCAGAGGAGCCAAUCCUAACGCUAACUCUAAUAAUAAUCAGUGAUUUCUUUAAUGAUA